CCGGAGAACGUUUCAGUUUUGGUGGAUCCGUCCUUGACGCUGGUUGUCGUGCUGGUGAUCACAUACAUAUUAUUCGUGUGGAAUUGAGAGUUCUGAAAAAUGUUGGAUUUAAUCGUGGCAGUGAUUUUGGCCUUUUUUGCGAUAUGUGUGGGAAUUUUGUUGUGUGGAGAUUGCGACAUUUGGACCUUUAUGCAUCUCAAAUUUGGGAAGGAUAUCGCGAGUCGCUUUGAGGGAAAAGUUGUCUGGGUGACUGGAGCAUCUUCUGGGAUUGGAGAAGGUCUCGCCAAAGAGUUGGUGAAGGUGAAAAAUGUGAAAAUAAUUAUAUCCGCCAGGAGAAAGGAAGAGCUAGAGAGGGUGAAGAAGGAAUGCUUAGAACUGAACAAGUCGACCAAGCAGGAAUCCAUUCUGGUCUUACCGUUCGACAUGGUGGAUUACGACAGUCAUGCAAAAGCAUUGGAAAAAAUUGUGAAAACCUUUGGGAAGCUCGACAUUUUGAUUUCUAACGCGGCCGCCAUGGGUCAAUACGCGUUAUGGGAAGAAGCGCCAAUUUCCACGGAUAAAGCCCUCUUCGACCUGAACGUGUUCUCCCUCGUAAAUUUGAACAGGAUUGUGCUCAACUAUUUCAAAAACGAACGCGGGCGCCAAGGACAUUUGGCUGUGGUAUCGAGUUUAGCGGGAAAGCUGGGUGUUCCAUACCUCACGCCGUACACUCCGACCAAAUUCGCGCUGCAUGGCUAUUUUGACAGCUUGAGACACGAAUUGAGAAAAAUGGAACGGAUUCAUGUCACGGUACUUUGUCCGGGACCGGUUGAAACCAAUAUUUUCGACAAUUCUAUGACCGGAACGGGCGCGCGAUUCAAGGACACCAUGCUUACCAAAAGGCCAGCUAACAUUAUGACGGCUGCGCGUUGUGCUGAACUUUGUUUGACUUCAAUUGCAAAUAAAUUGGAAGAAUCGUGGAUGGCGCCUCUGCCCAAUUUGCCAUUUAUGUACUUGGCAGCGUAUCAGCCUUUCUUGUAUUCCAAAUUAUCAGCCUUCAUGAUGAAAUUCUUUGUCGUGGAUGAAAAAUAAGCGAAAAUAUUUAAACUAAAAUUUCUAAAAGCAAGAAAUUUACGUCAAAAACUAUCAUAACUUGAAAUAAACAAAUGAGUUUUGUGAGACCAUUUAUGAACAACUA